AACCCAUCCAAUGAAAAGAAUAUCUAAUCUACACUCACCCACCUCUUUGAAAAUCUGGUACUUUCAUCAUCAUUUCACAUGUAGCAGUAGUUUUCAUUAGGGCUCACAUAUUUAAUUUGUUCCACUCCUCAAUUAUUAUUUUCUUUUUUCAUGCAUUGAGAUCCACUUGUUGAUUACUACACAAUCUCUCUCUCUAUCUCCGCCGUUGCCAUGGCUGUUCACCGCUUGUUUCUGGCCUCGGCAUUCGCCGGAAUAUUCUUCUGCUGCGUUCUUUCCUAUGACCGCCCUCCCCCACGCAAAUCCCACUUUAUUCCCCGCCAUCAAUAUCUCGAUUCUGGUUAUUCUGCAGAACAGGUACACAUAUCUCUGGUUGGCAGUGACAAGAUGAGGAUAUCAUGGAUUACAGAUGGUGAUACUCCGGCGACAGUACGCUACGGUACCUCAUCGGGAAAAUAUGAUUUUUCAGCAACUGGGACUACAUCUUCAUAUAAAUAUCUAAUGUAUGAGUCUGGGAAUAUAAAUGAAGCGGUCAUCGGUCCAUUGACACCGAAUACAGUCUAUUACUACCAAUGUGGCUCAGAUUCUGCUCGCGAACUCAGCUUCAAAACCCCACCAGCUCAAUUCCCAAUCAAAUUCGCCAUCUCAGGUGAUCUUGGACAGACUGGGUGGACCAACUCAACCCUUGACCACAUAGCAAAAUCUAACUAUGAUGUGUUUAUACUUCCUGGGGACUUGUCAUAUGCUGAUUUUAUUCAGCCACAAUGGGAUUCAUUUGGUCGUCUGGUUGAGCCGUUGGCCAGCCAAAGGCCUUGGAUGGUGACACAAGGCAACCACGAGAUUGAGAAAAUCCCAUUAGUCCAUUCCCAACCCUUCACUUCUUACAACAAAAGAUGGCUCAUGCCAUUUCAGGAGAGUGGUUCCGACUCCAACCUCUACUAUUCCUUUGAAGUUGCCGGUGUUCAUGUCAUCAUGUUGGGGUCCUACACUGAUUUUGACCCCAGCUCGGGGCAGUACCAGUGGCUUCAAGCUGACUUGGGGAAGGUUGAUAGGAAGAGAACACCGUGGCUAGUGGUGAUUGUUCAUGCACCGUGGUACAAUUCUAAUACGGCUCAUCAAGGGGAGCACGAAUCAGAUGACAUGAAGGCAGCUAUGGAAGGGCUGCUCUAUGGAGCUCGCGUUGAUGUUGUUUUUGCUGGCCAUGUCCAUGCCUACGAACGCUUUACGCGGGUUUACAAAGAGAAAACUGACAACUGCGGUCCUGUGUACAUCACUAUUGGGGAUGGUGGCAACCGUGAAGGCCUUGCCAACAAGUAUAUAGACCCACAACCGAACAUAUCUGUCUUCAGGGAGGCAAGCUUUGGGCAUGGCCAACUUGAAGUGGUGAAUGCAACCCAUGCACAGUGGACAUGGCAUAGGAACGACGAUGAUAUCCCGGUAGUGGCCGACUCUGUUUGGUUAAGAAGUCUGGUAACUGAUCCAGCUUGCAAGGUGUAAAAUGUAAUCUAAAGUGUUUGUUUAUGUGAAACACAGUUUCAGGAAAGAGUUUAUUUUUUAGAA